CACACGGUCAGGGUGGGUGCUCACACGGACCCAAAACGGCACUCUCCAAAGGUGCCUGGCAGAGUGCCUUUGGACCGCCCUGGUCGGCUGUGGUCGAGGCACAUAGUGCCUGCCUGUCCCGGUGACUCUGGGCUGGGCUCUUUCUUCACAAGCUGCCCUUCACACCCCAUGGGCUUCCUCUCCCGGCCUCCUUAGGUUCUUGGCUCCGGCCCCUGAAUCCCCCAGCUCUGCGGGAUUUAGUUUAGGGGUGUGCAACUCACCACCCCACUCGACUCUCAAUUCGGUAGUCUUGAGAGGAACAGGAGGCAGGGUUGAGUACAGAGGUUAGGGGCUCACGGUGCGAAAAGAGGGGAAAAGGAGGGGGUUUUGUGCCCCAGUUCAAAGCCACGGUUGGGAGGGUGUGCUCUUCACUCCCUCUGGGGUGUUCAGAGGGAGGGAGCCGGUUGCCCGCUUUCCAGAAACUGAGCUGAAAGCCGCAGGGAUUUGCAGCGGGAGAGAGUUUUGGUUUUAGAGCAGAGUUUGGGCGGAGAGAGUAAGGUAACUGUAUAAUUUGGGGUGGAGGUGUGUGUAACUUCAGCGUGAAGGUCCCAAGCUCAGGAAUAUCCGUGGAAUAUCCAUGUUUUUGUAGCAAGGAAGCCACUUUGACUUUAAGGUGGGAGGCGCCGGCUGCCUGAGAGUGGUUUCUCGGACAGGUGGCGCGUGCGCUCUGGAUAGCUGAGGGUUGGCUUGAGAUGGGGCUCUCUGGAGAGAGGAAAGGGGGCUAGGACCCCACAGCCUACUAAAAGGCGCCAUAGGAAGGGGUGGAGGCAGCCUAGAACUGGUGUCACCUCACCCCGUGGGUGCCUAGAGCCUGCGGCGAGGUGUCAGACAAAGCCGGCGAGUCCCUGCGCUGGCCGCGCCCUCUCCUCUCCAGCUUUACGCACGGGCUUUGGGUCGCCUUCUGGCCCCGUGAGGAGGGCAAGGAAACUCUAACCGCCUCUGCUGAGGACAGGACUUUUUCCACAGCCACAGAGCUUUAUACUAGGGGCUUCCAAGGGCUGAAGAAGCCAGCGCUCAGGGCUCUACAUCAGGGCAAAGGCAGGUUGGAAUGGCCACGGCUGGCCCUGGAGAGGGGCGCACAGCCUGGCUGGCGGGUGGCAAGACCUAUGAGUUAAUGUAUAAUUGUGAGCAGAUGGCGGGGGCUGGCGGCAGCCUGGGGCCUGGGCCCAGCUAAUGAGGGACAAUUAGCCCUAGACUCGGUGGGGGUGGUUGAGAGAGUCAGACAGUGAAGGUAGAUAUUUGCUCCUCAAACAGUCUGGCGCGCUGGGCAGAGGGCUGAGUGGCUGAGCCUUUGGGCUGGCUAGGCCCCCCUGCCAGGGCCCUUUCCCCAUUUUCCCUCCCCUCAUCACUUGUGGGUCUAGAGCCUCUGUUUGUUCAGACCUGAGAGCACGUAGUCAUAAAGGCGGAGGGAGAGGGUAGUUUAUGGGGGAAAUCACUGCCACCACCAUCUGCCAGGGCUUGUCCUUUCUCCCCCCUGACACCCCUAUCUCCGCCCUCAUGCAGCUGUCUAUGGGAAUAGCUGGUCAGGGCAUGAGCCAUGAGCCCCCAGAUGCAAGGGCAGAUCCAGGGGGGAGGCAUGAGGCAGGAAAGGGGGACUAAGAGCAGGGCCACCACAGGCCUUGCUGGGGACCUGCUCUCACCGGGGCAUGGCUAAGCAGAGUGACCAGCAGUCCCCAGCUGCCCUGGGAUGGAAUAAGCUCUACCCCCUGGGAACAUGUGCUGUCCUGCCUGCUGGUGCUGAAACCACUUGCUGCAGUCUCCCCUGUGCCCCUGUGCCCCGGUGCGCUGGCCCAGCCUGAGGAAGCUGGAGUAGGUUGGAAAAGGAAGGAAGUAUGUGUCUGAGUAAAGUAGGAAACCCACUUUUGUGAGACAUUUGGCUUUUGAGAACAAGAGUUCCUAAUUCUAGGAUCAAGUUGAAUGUAUAACACUCACUCCCAUCCCCCCAAAACCCAAAGCAUUUACCAGUGGAAUCCAGUCUUCUCUUCUUACUUCUGGAUCUAGUCUUACUGUCCUGCACCCUGCUUACUUUCUGCCUGAUUUCUGCAAGUGUCACAGAAUCCGAGAUAUGGAAUGGACCCAAAAGGCUUUCCAUGUUGGCUUCUUCACACACACCCCUACCAGGGAUCUGCCCAAGACCAUACUGACAACAAAGCUUCCAUGCACUGGAGGUCGUGUUUCACUUUCAGCAUCCCACUCUGCAGGAUCCACCUACCCAGCAACGGGGACCCCUCAUCCCACCAAUGGCCCAGAUAACCUGUGGCAUCUUUUGUGGGAACAGCAGUGCCAUUAAUAACUUGGAGAGUCUAAAAGCACCAAAUCCCUAGUGAACAGAGCCUGAUAACAUAUAGAGAUGGCAGAAGGAAAAACAGACUGCAUGCCUCCUCAUAAACACCCCACAUACAUGUCUAACUACCCUUGGAGGCUCAUUCCCACCACCACUACCAGUUUAGUGUUCUGAAGUCCAGGAUCCCCCUGUUUCCAGGCAAGAACUCAGCCUCGGUGUCACCUCAGUCAAGGAGUCCAUUGGAGAAUUGGUGAGGAUAUUCCCCAGGGAGAGCCAAUGCCAUGUGACAUACGUUCUUCUCCAUUUACCCUCAUUCUCUUGGAGUUUUAGGUACCAGCUCAGUCAGUAUUUAGGUAACGGUCUGUAUACCCAUCUAUCUUUUAGAGUAAUACACACAUGACACAGAAUUUGACACCAAAGCCCAGCCAUGUGUGUUCUGGUUAGGAAGCUAUGCUGGUGGUGGUGCUGGAAGGCUCCUUGUGCUUCUGUGCAUUCAAAGCAGUACGGACACAGUCUGAAGUUCCCCAUCUUCCACAUCCCUAUGCCUUUCAGGAGUACUGGUCCCUAUGUGGGUGCUCUCUGGCUCCAGGGAGCCUGCAUGAGAAUGGCUCAGUUCCUGCAUCAGGGUGGUAGGUGGAUACUAAGUGGGCUCUAAGAAUCCCCAUGGAAGGACACAAUGGGUCAUUGGCUGUGGUUUGCCCUGCCUCAGCGCCGGUGUCAGUCAGCCCAUGCACACCUCCCUCCUCCUCUCUCCUCUGCUCAUGGCCUGUGACAUCACUGGCUGCUCCCAGAAGGCUGCCCUCUGUUCCAGAGCACGGGCUCUCUGUAGCUCUGGACCCCCUGGCAGGACUGAAGCAGGAGCAGAGUGGAGGCUGUCACCAGGACCAGAACACCACCCACCCUGGAGCCUGCAGGGGUCUCAGGAGCCCAGCAUAGAAGACUGAGACCUCCCACUGACGCUCCCACUUCAUUUCCUCCACACAGACCCAGCCACCAAACCAGAAAAGAAGCUCCUAGAAGGAACUCCCUUUCCCAGUCUUCCCAGUUAGUUUCCUGUCCCUUUGUGGAGGGCCAGCGUGGAGCAUGCAGCAGGACGGGAUCAGCAGCGUGAAUCAGCUGGGCGGGCUCUUUGUGAAUGGUCGGCCCCUGCCUUUGGACACCCGGCAGCAGAUCGUCCAGCUAGCAGUCAGAGGAAUGCGGCCCUGUGACAUCUCACGGAGCCUUAAGGUAUCUAAUGGCUGUGUGAGCAAGAUCCUAGGGCGUUACUACCGCACUGGUGUCUUGGAGCCCAAGGGUAUUGGGGGAAGCAAGCCUCGGCUGGCCACACCCCCUGUGGUGGCUCGAAUUGCCCAGCUGAAGGGUGAGUGCCCAGCCCUCUUUGCUUGGGAGAUCCAACGCCAGCUUUGUGCUGAAGGGCUUUGCACCCAGGACAAGACUCCCAGUGUCUCCUCCAUCAACCGGGUCCUGCGGGCACUACAAGAGGACCAGGGACUGUCCUGGGCACAGCUCAGAUCACCAGCUGUCUUGGCUCCGGCUCCUCCCACUCGCCAAAGUGGCUUUGAGGCUCCUCGGGGUCCCCACCCUGGGACCGGCCACAGGAAUCGGACUAUCUUCUCCCCAGGCCAAGCAGAGGCACUGGAGAAAGAGUUCCAGCGUGGGCAGUAUCCUGAUUCAGUGGCCCGUGGAAAGCUGGCUGCUGCCACCUCUCUGCCUGAGGACACGGUGAGGGUCUGGUUUUCCAACAGACGAGCCAAAUGGCGCCGGCAAGAGAAGCUCAAGUGGGAAAUGCAGCUGCCAGGUGCUCCCCAGGGUCUGACUGUACAGAAGGUCUCCCCAGGGAUCGUCUCUGCACAGCAGUCCCCUGGCAGUGCGCCCACAGCGGCCCUGCCUGCCCUGGAACCUCUGGCUGCCCCCUGCUGUCAGCUGUGCUGGGCAACAGUACCAGACAGGUUUCUGAGUGACGCUCAACCCCAAGCCCCACUCAAGCCCUGCUGGGACUGUGGCUCCUUCCUCCUUCCUGUGGUCUCCCCAUCAUUCGUGGACCUUGCCUGGCCCUGCCUUGCUGCCCCCUACUCCGUGAACCACCUGACCGGAGGGCCUGGAGGAGCAACACCCACCUGCUUCUCACACUGACCUUAAGAGGCCUU